AUGUUGGUGCAAUUUAUUUUCCUGACACUAGCUUAUGGUGUCUUCGGACAGGGUGAAUUUAUUUAACAAUUGCAUUACCAAAAAUUUAGAGUUUUGUUUCUUUCCAUAAUUCGAUAAAAAUUAUGACAAAAGUCACCCUUUGCCGUUUCUUUUACAGAGGUCAAUAACACCUUGAAAUUUAAACAGAACAGCAAUUAUGCUUAUACGAAAAGGCUCUAUGGGGGCGUUGAGGUAAUCGUCGCCUGCUGGGCGAUGCAAUGAUUUUCCACUUUGCUUGAGGUGACAAAAUCCUUCCUUCACACAGUACAUAACCGUUGAUGGCGUGCGCAUUUCUAAGGCCGCAGACGGAACACACUGUGUCGCUCCGAAUGACUGCUGGGAAAUUAUCCAUCGUAAGAUAUUCAGUUGGCAUUUUAUUCUUUAAACAAUCAUUUUAGUCAAAAGAACAUAUUACACACGUAACAGAAAAUUACUAAUUAGCUGACAAAACAUUCUUUUUUUCAGAAGUGAAAUUCUCUAAAUAUUAUAAACAUUGGUUGCAUGCGCACAUAUGUGGAGGAGAGGACUGCUAACGUAGGAGAGAGUUCCCUAACGAGAUGGGCCAGCGUUCCUCUUCCACUAUGAAUCUCUAUAAUAUUUCAGUUACCUCAGGAUGCCGACUUUCGAAUGAACUUCCUUCAGGUUGAAUGCAAAAUCUACAUUCUAUAAAACAUGACCACUUAUUGAGCAUGAACGUUUAUAAUUGAUUUUCGAUGCCCCUAAAUGUCCAAUUAUUUUUCAUGAAAGCACGCACAAAAAUAUUCAUUCUUUUGCUCAUUCAGUAGAAAGUCACGUCUUUUUUAAUUUUAUAAUAGAGGGAGGGGCAUAAUUCGAUUUUUAAAAAAGUUUGUAAUUGUUGGGCUCUUAAAUACCGUAAAAAGGCCGCUCGUAUAUCUUCGUGUCUCUGCAGUUACGAAUGUGGCUUGUAAAGUUAACAAUAUAGAUUAAAUCCACAAACGUUUUGCAGAUUCAAUAGCUAGAAACUCCAUAAAUUUAAAAACAUGUAUUUUUUAAGCUGAGAUUACUCCCUUUUGCUUGCAAGCGAUGUAAUUUCUCAUAUCCUCCCUUAACUGGUUCUUUGGAAAAAGAAGACGGGAUUUUCUUCCUGCUUUUCCUGUUGAUAUUUGUCUUCGUUUACAGCACAAUGUACAUUAAUAGGAAGUCUUAAUCUGCACACCUCAGUUGCAUGGGAGGGUCAAAUUUCGUUCAUAUCUGGCCAGUUUUCCUUUAAUCAAAGUGACUUGAAACGAAUGCCUCUCUAAUGAAUGGCUUUCUGCGCGUCAAAUGAAUUGAAUGAACACAAAUAAGAACGUCAAAUCUAUGCCAUAGUUGGCAGUCAUAUUUCGGCUACGACAUUCUGUGUGGCAGACCACUUGCUGUAUAUAUGCAAGUAAGGAAAUACAGACAAAGUCAUGGGAGACCGGAAUGGUCGUUUCUGGCUUAGCAGCCGUCAUCAGCCAGUUAUACCUAACCCCAAGUAUCGAUCCCCUGAGAUUCGAAAGUGGAAUCUUUACUCAUGGAGUUUGACAUUCUACCAUUAAGCAGGGGACCCGUUGUCCUGCCGGAUGUGAUCGGGAGUAUUAAUUAUGGUAGGUAGGCACUCUACCGAUCGGUUUUACGGAAUGCACUUGUUCUAUCGUGCCAUGAUGCUCAAACUGGAACCCUCGAAGUCAGUCGCUCAGCGACCAGUAGCGUAUGCAAGUAAGGUGAUGCCGACAAAACAAAUGCUUAUUAAUAUGGAGACAAUUUACAGUCUUAUAUAUUUUCCGCUUUGCAGGAUUAUGUCCCAAAUAUUUAGUGUCAGUUAAAUUACACUUGCAGACGUGAUUAUAAUUAUGAGGUAAUUCGCUCAUAUUCACGACAUAAAUUUUGGUAGUAAGUGCAAAACUGAAUUAGCCAAGAUGAGAUUUGCAUAGGCCUUCGUGUGUUUCACAAUCAUCUCUGUCCCAAAUUUGUAAGUAAAUCUUUCCUUCACAAGCUGGACAAUACGUCAUCCUUAAUGGUUUCCUGAAAGGAGAACAGGCAGGCAUUGUGUGGAAGACGGAGCUUCCCACUGGUCGAUGCCCUGUUGGAAUACAAUACAAAUUAGCCGGCACUCCGGAGUGUAAGUCAAAGUCAUCAUUUCAGUCAUAAACACUUUGUUGUACUUUUUUUUCCUUAUUACUCUUCGUGCCAGUCAUUAGCGAAGUCGCUUAUUUAACUCGUAAUUAUACAUAGAUGGCAAUAUGCAGACAAAUGCUUAUCGAUUUGAUGAAGUCUAUUUUGAGUCAGGACAUACAAAGAAAUAACCGGUUGUAAUUUUAACAGCUUUAUGAAUUACAUCUCAAAAAUAGCGCAUGCUAUGAUUUUUCCUCCAGAUCCACCGCUGCCUUCGGGAGCAGUAUCUGUCUUCGCGAAAGAAGUCCUUAAAAAUGAAAGGCUCAUCCAUAUUCUGCUUUUCAAUGGAAAACGAUUGGUAAUCUCCGGAAACCAAUUUAAUUAUUGCAUCUAUGCGACCUACAUGAGAAACGUUAGUGUGUAUGAAUUAAGCUCAGGAGCCCAUGUAAUUAACGCAGUUGCAUGUGUUACUGUACAGGGGAUGUGCUAACUCAUGAAAUGUCAAUUAAAAUUUCGAAAUGCGUUCUCGUUUCGAAAAGAUAAAUUAAGCAGUGUUGCAAAACUAAUAAUGAUGAAGCAUAAAUCUAUAUUGAUCCAAUUACCGCAGGGUGUCGGCAUUCGAAAGAACUUAUUUUCGGCUGCAUGCAAGAUCUAUAUGCUGAAAAAAUGACUACUUAAUUAGCAUGUAAUUUCUUCACUGAUUUUCGAUGCCCUUGAAAAUUUUAUUAUAUUUCAUGGAAAGCUUGCAUAAAAAUAUUUAAUUUUUUACUUAUUCGGUAGAAAAUCACGUCUUCUUUCAAUUUCAUACUCAAAGGAAGAGUAUAAUUCGGUUUUAAAAAAAUUUCUAAUGAUGAGAUUUUUUAAUACCGUUAAAUGGCCGUUCAUGAAACGUCAUGUAUCUGCAUUUAAGAAUGUUGCUUGCAAAGUUAACAAUAUUGCUCAAAUCAACUGCUUAAUUUUAUGAACCUCAUAUGAUCUCCCCUUAACAUCGUAGAGAAAUGCAUGGAUUUCCGUACACGGAAAAUAUACAGCUUAUAGUUUUGAAACCCUGAAUGCAUGUGUAACAGCAGGUCGGGUUCAUAAUUAUUCGGGAAUUAGGAAAGUUUUUUGAAACCGAAUUAUACUCUUCUUUUAGUAUGAAAUUGGAAUAAGACGUGAUUUUCUACCGAAUAAGUAAAAGAAUGAAUAUUUUUACGCAUGCUUUCCAUGAAAUAUAAUUGAAUUUUCAAGGGCAUCGAAAAUCAAUGAGAAAAUUGCGUUCUACUUACGUAGUCAUUUUUUGCAAAGUAUAGAUCUAGCAUGCAGCCUAAAAUAAGUUCUUUCGAAAGCCGACACCCUGCGGUAAUUGGAUCAUUAUAGAUUUAUGCUGCAUCAUGAUCAGUUUUACAACACUACUUAAUUUAUUGUUUCGAAACGAAAACGAAUUUCGAAAUUUUGGUUGACAUUUCAUGAGUUAGCACAUCUACUGUAUAUACUAUUGUGAACUGAACAAGAAUGCAUCAUUAGUAAAUAGAUUAAUUUUAUCUUUAUUUUCUCUAUGUCAAGUAGAUGCAAUGUGUUUGUUUCAGACUUUAGUCUAUUUCAUUGUCCUCAUAGGUAAGCUUCUCAUCAAAGGAAUAACAACAGCGGCACCAUUUCAUGUUCUUAACCUUUUAGAGCCUAUCCCAUAUCGGGAACAUUUCUGUGGAAAAAAGGGAUGACAAUAUUAUAUCACUCCUAGGUUUGACCGGUAAGUGCAUAAUCCGGUGUUCCGAAAGAUUUCAUACAGGUCAUGUCCAAUGGAACUGAUCUUUGCAAAACACUUUGAACCACAGUUUCCAUAUUAAACCCUUUUUGCACAUAUGCAUGUGUGUUUUCAGGAGGGGACUGGGACAAACUUGUACUAUUUACGGGACAUUUGGGAAGCCAAACGCGACAAAUGGAGAUAAAGUUUACGACUGGCAGGAUUACUCGUGUUACUAUAAAUCCUUCCAAUAAAUCGGAGGCCAUAGCCCCAGUCUUAACAUUCAUUGACUACGAGCACGCCUUCAAGUGCACAAAGAAUUAG